AUGACAGCUCUUCAACCUCCCUUUGAGGCUUCAGUCUCCAACACAUCAUCGGAAACAGCCGACAAAAUAGCAAACCUCGUCCAUGAACACUUCAAUAGCCUCCCGAGGAAACGAAAGCCUGCCAUACGGGAUACGGGGGUUCAUGAAUGGAUACCGCUGAGCAGCAUCGUUGCAGAACGGAAUGGAGAACUGCGUUGUCUGUCUCUCGCGACGGGCAUGAAGUGCCUCCCAGCAGCCAAGUUAAAAGAAACAAACGGGAACGGCCUCCACGACUGGCAUGCCGAAGUCCUCGCCAUCCGCGUCUUCAACCAUUACCUCCUCUCAGAGGCUCGAAGGCUAUCUCAGACCGGCGGCGAGGAUAACGAAUCUUUCAUCUUACGACGGUCGAUGGCUGACCCGGGGAUGAGCCAGCCGUUCACCGUUCAUGACGACGUAAGAUUGUACAUGUACUCUUCCGAAGCCCCGUGCGGCGACGCGAGCAUGGAGCUCACAAUGUCAGCCCAAGAAGACCCAACACCAUGGGUCAUCCCCCCAGCGCCCGCUUCCUCAUCCCCGGGGACCACACCAUCCGCCUCACUCCUCCACGGACGUCAAUACUUCUCCAACCUAGGCAUCAUCCGCCGCAAACCCUCCCGCCCAGACGCGCCCCCCACCCUCUCCAAGUCCUGCUCCGACAAACUAACCCUCUCCCAAGCGACCUCCCUCUUAUCCUCCCUCACCUCCCUCCUCGUCCACCCCUCAAACGCAUAUCUCACCGCCCUCAUCAUCCCCUCAGCGUCCUACGUGCCGACAGGCUUCCAAAGAUGCUUCUUCGACAGAACAGAACCCCUACGCAAUUCCACCUGGGAAGGAGGCUAUCACUUCCAUCCCCUCGAACUGCUAACUACACCCAUCGAAUUCGACUUCUCCAAACGACAAGCAACCGCGCGGUCAAAAGGGAAAAUAGCCCCAUGCAACGUCUCGGCCGUUUGGGGGGCCCAUGGCCUCGACGAGGGUCUGGUCGGUGGCGUCGUUCAGGGACGUAGGGCGUUUGAGGAGAGGGGCGCGAGUGCGCUUUCGAGGAGGAGGAUGUGGUGUUUUGCUCUGGAGGUUGCUGAGCUGCUUGGGCGAGACGGGGAGGAGAUACGUGAGACGCUGGGAGUGGAGAGGUAUGGGGAUGUUAAGGAAGGGGCGCGGCUAGAGGAGAGAAGAGAGGUGAAGAAGUUUGUUUGGGAGGAGGCCCUGAUGGGAUGGGUGCGGAAUGUUGGUGAUGAGGCUUUUACACUAAAGUAA